GGAAAUAAGAAAGAUGGAACCUAAAGAGCUGAAAACCCUAGUUAUAUAUUAGGUCUCUGGUCUGAGCUUUUGCGCCUCUCGUAUGCUCAAACCCUAAUCCCAAACUCAGGAGGAAAUCAGAGUAAUUCAGAAAAUAUGAAGGUUGUGGGUGCUUAUUUGCUUGCAGUUUUGGGAGGGAACCCAACUCCUUCUGCAAGUGAUAUCAAAAAUAUCCUUGGCGCAGUUGGAGCUGAAGCUGAGGAUGAGUUGAUUAACUUGCUCUUGGCUGAAGUUAAGGGCAAAGACUUCAAUGAGCUACUCGCCAGCGGAAGGGAAAAGAUGUCUGCUGUGUCUGGCGGUGGUGCUGCGGUGGCUGUUGCUGCUGCACCAGCUGCUGGAGGUGGUGGUGCUGCACCUGCCGCAGAAGCAAAGGAAGAAAAGAAAGUCGAAGAGAAGGAGGAGUCGGAUGAUGAUAUGGGUUUCAGUUUGUUCGACUAAAAGGUCUGAGGUGUUUUUAUGUCUUACAUUUUCUGUUCCAUUUAGUAUUUUAGCUCAAUCCCAAGGUUUUGUUACUCGAGUUACAUAUUGUUUUUAGGUUUUUGAGAUUUGCCUUUUCACAUUGGAGACAAUGUAAUGUUAUCAAACUGUCUGAUAUAAUUUAGUAACGUUUGGAUUUAA